AUGGGAUUUUUCUGGAAGACUGGAUCUUCAGGAAGACUGUGGAUCUUUGGGAAGACUGUGGAUCUUCAGGAAGAAUGUGGAUCUUCGGGAAGACUGUGGAUCUUCAGGAAGAUUGUGGAUCUUUGGGAAGACUGUGGAUUUUUGGGAAGAUGUGGAUUUUGGGAAGACAUGGAUUUUCCAGAAGACGUGGAUUUUUGGGAAGACGGAUUUUGGGAAGACGUGGAUUUUCUGGAAGACAUGGAUUUUUCCAGAAGACGUGGAUUUUGGGAAGAAUUGGAUUGGGAAGACAUGGAUUUUUGGGAAGACGUGGAUUUUGAGAAACUUGGAUUUUGGGAAGACAUAGAUUUUUGGGAAGAUGUGGAUUUUCAGGAAGACAUGGAUUUUUGGGAAGACAUAGAUUAUCUGGAAGACUUGGACUUCCCGGAAGCUAUGGAUUUGAUGGAAGACAUGGAUUUUCAGGAAGACCUGAAUUAUCUGGAAGACCAGGAUUAUUUGGAAGACAUAGAUAUGUGGAAGACUUGGGAAUUUCUGGAAGACAUCGAUCUUCAGGAAGACGUAUAUCUUCAGGAAGACAUACCUUGGCUGGAAGACCUGGAUAUUAUUGGAAGACAUGGAUCUAUUGGAAGACCUGGAUUUAGUGGAAGACUUGGGUUUCUGGAAGACUUGAACUGGUGGAAGACAUAG